AUGUUGACGAAUUCCUUAGGUCCUUCGCCCACGGGACUAUUUAACCAUAUUCAGGUUUCGUGCAUUCUUCUCCAACAGAACCUGAAGCAUCCAAACCUGGUGAACCUGAUCGAAGUGUUUCGGCGCAAGCGCAAGCUGCACUUGGUCUUCGAGUACUGCGACCACACCGUGCUACAUGAAUUGGAGAAGUAUCCAGCUGGCUGCCCCGAGCUCCUCUCGAAGCAGAUCAUCUGGCAGACCCUGCAGGGCGUCGCGUACUGUCACCGGCACAACUGCAUCCACCGGGACGUGAAGCCCGAGAACAUCCUGUUGACAGGCGACGGCGUGGUCAAGCUGUGCGACUUCGGCUUCGCGAGGAUGAUUAGUGGCAGCUGUUCCUCAGAGUAUUCCGUCCAUACCAUGAUACCCUUCGGCGUGGACGUCAGGAGGCGUGCUAGCCCCGGUGAGAGCUACACGGACUACGUGGCGACGCGCUGGUACCGCGCGCCGGAGCUGCUCGUCGGCGACACUAUGUACAGCACGCCGGUCGACGUGUGGGCUAUCGGUUGUGUGUUCGCUGAACUGCUGUCCAGCGAAGCGCUGUGGCCAGGCAAGAGCGACUUGGACCAGCUAUACCUAAUCAGGAAGACGCUGGGCGACCUUCUGCCGCGACACAUGACUAUAUUCUCACAAAACACAUUCUUUCAAGGCAUGGCCCUCCCGGAGCCGACGACUUUGGAGCCGUUGGAGAAAAAAAUACCGCCGCGAUACGCUAGCAACGAACUUAUUAUAGACUUCUUGAAGAAAUGCCUAGACAAAGACCCCAUGAUGAGGUGGACGUGCGAGCAGUUGCUGCGACAUCCGAUCUUCGAGAACUUUCUCUUCACAGUACCGCACUCGGACCACGAGGAGUACGAGAAAGCGAGGAGGGCGCAGGUGCAAUCGUCCCCGCUGCUGCCGCAGUUGAUAGUGAAUGACCGAGGACAGCAGCACAAAGGGAAGAAGACAGAGCUAGACUCGCGGAGCCACCUCCCGACCAUCUGACUAGCACCCAACCGAAACAGAAUCUGAACACUAAUUACAUACAUGUUAUUCGUCA